AUGAUGGGCGGGGAGAUGCUAUAUUAUUUCGUCAACCAGAUCAAGGGAAUCAACCUCAGCGUCGACGAUGACAUCAUCGACAAGCUCAACUAUUACUAUACAUCCACUAUCAUCAUAGGUAAGUCCGUUGCCUCGAAUAACUCCGGGGUUUCAGUAUUUGCGAUCCUGGUGACCGGAAAACAAUAUGUGGGGCAUCCAAUCCAAUGCUGGGUCCCGGCGACCUUCACCGAGCCCAUGGAACAGUACACAGAGAAUUACUGCUGGGUUCAGAAUACCUACUUCUUGCCGCUUGGCGAAUUUAUUCCUUUCGAAAAAGCGGAGCGAGAGAACCGCCAAAUUGGAUAUUAUCAAUGGGUGCCUUUCAUCCUGGCCCUUGAGGCCGUCUUCUUUUACGUCCCUACCCUGGUCUGGAGAUUCUUGACGUGGCAGACAGGUAAGUGGGUAGAUUAAUUAAUUUCAACAGAUCCUUUAUGAGACAUUCAUAAACCGUGAUUAAAGCAUUCUUAUGAUGACAUUGUAAUAUUUAGGAAUCCAUGUUCAAUCCCUUGUAAAUAUGGCAUGCGAAUCAAGAGUCCUGGAUUACGAAUCGAGGCAGCGUGCCCUCCAGACGAUUGCCACCAACGUUCAGGAAUGCCUGCACAUUAAAAACCAGGUAUUCUGCGUAAUAAUAUCAUUAUUGCUCCAUGCUUAUUUUCAGUUGGGCACAAAAAAAUUAAAACUGUUGAAUAUUUUUAUCUGCACCAGAAGCAGUGGCGCUGCAGUGACCACAUUGUAUAUAGCGACAAAGGCCCUGUACACGAUCAAUGUGUUCGCGCAGAUCAUGUUACUGAAUACAUUUUUGGGAGCCAGAGAUAAAUUCUAUGGUCUUGAAGUUCUUAGUGACAUCUUGAAUGGUCGGGAGUGGUCAGAGUCCGGUCAUUUCCCUAGGGUCACGUUAUGUGACUUUGAAGUAAAAGUAAGUUGCUUCCUCUUUGUUUCAAUAUGCUGCUUUUAGGUGUUGGGAAACGUACAUAGACAUACAGUGCAGUGUGUUCUCAUGAUCAACAUGUUCAACGAAAAAAUAUUUUUAUUCCUUUGGUGUUGGUACAUCAUAUUGGGUACUGCGACGUUUUGCUCAUUAUUAUAUUGGAUAUAUAUCUCAUAUACUCCGUCUCGGUAUGUAAUGAUACGUAUACCAAUAUCAAUUAAUAUUUUUAGUCAACUCAAUUUCGUCGGUAAAUAUCUGACCGGAAUUGAAGGCUAUAAAAUGGUGGAUUCCCAGUCCUUGAGGCGGUUUGUUCAUCACUUUCUCCAUCAAGACGGAGUCUUCCUGCUUCGGAUGGUGGCUACUCAUGCAGGGGAACUCUCCUGUUACGAGUUGGCCAAGAAGUUGUGGACCAAUUUCUGUGACAAUAAAGAGGGCAAGAUCCAUGAUGUCUAG